CUACUUCUGCCCGGCGUCACUGUUGGGUGCGGGAGGCAGUAGCUACUUCCGCCCGGAGUCCCUAGCGGCUCGGCUCGGGUUCCGAUGCCGCCCGACGCUGUGUUCUCCUCCUCCGCGGCCCGCCCGUCAGAGGCCGGUGGCAGCGGCUCUUACAAGGCCUGCCGCCAGGCCUUCUCUGUGGCCGAGUCCCCGCCAGCGGUGCGCACCCCGCAGGCCUUGCCGCACCCCCCCAGCCGGGGCGGGGCUCGACCUCCCGGGCCCGCCCAUUAGGGGGCGCCUCAUCGGGGCGGAUUAACCGCCUCCCCCCUGGGGGAGUCGUCAUCCCCCAGGCCGCGGCCGCCCAGGGACCAUGGAGUUCGCGGAGCUGAUUAAGACCCCACGGGUGGACAAUGUGGUGCUGCACCGGCCUUUCUACCCCGCCGUGGAGGGGACUCUGUGUCUGACGGGCCACCACCUGAUCCUGUCCUCCCGGCAGGACAACACGGAGGAGCUCUGGCUCCUCCAUUCAAAUAUCGACGCCAUUGACAAACGAUUUGUAGGCUCCCUGGGUACCAUCAUCAUAAAAUGUAAAGAUUUCCGAAUUAUUCAGUUGGAUAUUCCUGGGAUGGAGGAAUGUUUAAAUAUAGCCAGUUCCAUUGAGGCAUUGUCCACUCUAGACUCAGUCACCCUGAUGUACCCUUUCUUCUACCGACCCAUGUUUGAGGUGAUGGAAGACGGCUGGCAUUCCUUCCUUCCUGAGCAGGAGUUUGAGCUCUACUCCUCCGCUACCAGUGAAUGGAGACUGAGCUAUGUCAAUAAGGAGUUUGCCAUCUGUCCUUCCUACCCACCAGCAGUCAUUGUGCCCAAGUCCAUCGAUGAUGACGCUCUUCGGAAAGUGGCAGCCUUUCGACAUGGGGGGCGCUUCCCGGUACUGAGCUAUUACCAUAAAAAGAAUGGCAUGGUGAUUAUGCGAAGUGGUCAGCCUCUGACUGGCACCAAUGGGCGGAGGUGCAAGGAAGAUGAGAAGCUGAUAAAUGCCACCCUCAGGGCAGGAAAGCGUGGCUACCUCAUUGACACCAGAUCACUGAAUGUGGCCCAGCAAGCUAGAGCCAAAGGAGGGGGCUUUGAACAGGAAGCUCACUAUCCCCAGUGGAGGCGGAUUCACAAGUCCAUUGAGAGAUACCAUGUUCUUCAGGAGAGCUUAAUCAAGCUCGUGGAAGCAUGUAAUGAGCAAACCCACAACAUGGACCGAUGGCUUGGCAAGCUGGAGGCCUCCAACUGGCUGACACACAUCAAGGAGAUUCUGACCACUGCCUGCCUGGCGGCCCAGUGCAUUGACAGGGAGGGAGCAUCGGUAUUGAUUCAUGGCACAGAAGGGACCGAUUCCACGCUGCAGGUGACUUCCCUGGCCCAGAUCAUCCUGGAACCGAGAAGCAGGACCAUCCGUGGUUUUGAGGCCCUGAUCGAGAGAGAGUGGCUGCAGGCUGGCCACCCGUUCCAACAGCGCUGUGCACAGUCAGCUUAUUGCAGCAGCAAGCAGAAGUGGGAGGCACCCGUGUUCCUUCUCUUCCUGGACUGUGUGUGGCAGAUCCUCCGGCAGUUCCCUUGCUCCUUUGAGUUCAAUGAGCAUUUUCUCAUCAUGCUCUUUGAGCAUGCUUAUGCCUCACAGUUCGGAACAUUCCUGGGCAACAAUGAGAGUGAAAGAUGUAAGUUGAAGCUACAGCAGAAAACGAUGUCUUUGUGGUCAUGGGUCAACAGGCCCAGUGAGCUGAGUAAAUUCACCAAUCCACUCUUUGAAGCCAACAGCCUGGUCAUCUGGCCUUCCGUAGCUCCACAGAGUCUCCAGCUGUGGGAAGGGAUUUUCCUGCGCUGGAGCAGAUCCUCUAAGUAUCUGGAUGAAGCAUACGAGGAGAUGGUUAACAUCAUUGAGUAUAACAAGGAGUUACAAGCCAAAGUCAAUAUCCUGAGGAGGCAGUUGGCCGAACUGGAGACAGAGGAUGGGCUACAGGAGAGUCCUUGAACGAUCUCCCCACCUGUCCUGAGGACCUGUCUAGGCCUGAGUCCGUCUCUCCCUCUGUUUGCCCCUGAGUUCACUGUACACAGUAGCCUUGAACUUGGCUAUAGGUGUGGGAUCCUGUAGCAUGGCUUUCUGAGCACUGCAAGAUGGAAGUCACUAACACACACCAGUAUGGCCUGUUAGGCCCUUUGCCGUGGGAGCAGAGGUGCUGUCACAUCACUGACUGUGACACCUGUGCCCUAUGCUGUCCUCCAUCUCCACUUCCCAAACAGUGGUCCAGACUAGUUAAGAAUCCAUCUAAAACAUGGGCCAGACUUCUGAAUUCAAGUAUAGAAGUGGUUUUUAAAACAGAAGUGGUUGAGAAGCCAGACUUUCGUGUUUAGCACGGCUUCCAGCCUCUAUUCCUUACCCCCAGGUAUAAAAUAACCGUUCUCCUUUAGAAUAGUUUUGGGCUAACAAAGCCUAUUUUGUCAAGAAGGAAAAAUCAGAAUAGUUAUUUGUGAUAAAUCAUUCUACGAGGGCAACAGGUGUGGUCCUCUGAUGAUUUUAUUAAGAAAAAGUAAAUUUACAACUAGCCACUAAAAGUCUGUGCCGUAGAGAAUUGAAGUAGGAAUUCCUCACUGGUAGCCAUCUGCUUUUUAGGUUUCUGACCAUACAUACAAAAAGUGCUUUGAGUGAUGGGUGUGAAUGAAGCCGUAGCUUGAAUAGAAUUCACUUUUUAGAACUAUAUAACAUGUACAGAAUCCAUAAGCUGAGGUCUUACUGCACUGGUUGGAAUCUCUGUGUGACUUAUUUUACUUUUAAAUAUUCUGAGUGGACUUGUGCCACAGCUAGACUUGGAUGUCAACUUGAACCAUUUGUAAGUCUGUCUGCCGACUUGUUCUUUCUGUGCUAGGCAACCAGGGCUGACUGGAGUGGGAGGCUGGGCAAGUGGCUCCGCUCUUUGCAGCCUCCCUUCCCGAGUCAUCGGAAGCAGUGGUGCAGUGGCCGCCUUCGGCUCUGGGCGCUGCACCUGUGUGUGUCUGUGGCUUAGUGCUUUCCAGGUGUCCGUCUCUUGGUAGUCGUCGACUGCUGGCCAUUGCAAGUGCUGUCCUUUGUAGACGAGGACAGUGGAAGUGUGAUUCAAGCCAUUUCAACCUCAUCGGUAUCUAAUCAUUCCCCAGGACCUUCUCCAGAGGUGUGUUUCAAGUUGAAAACAGAACUGCUGGAGGCAGCACCUCUGAUUCCAACACUUGGGAGGCUAAGGCAGGAUGACUUCAGUUUGAGGCCAGCCUGAGCUGUAUAGUGGGUUCCUGGCUAGCCUGACCUACAGAGUGAGACUGUCUAAAAGACGCCAGCAGGAGCUGUGGCCCCUGCUGAGCAUCGGGAAGCAGCCACUGCUUUCCAUUCCAGUUGCCUUGCCUCUUUCUUGCUCCUUCCUGCCUUUCCACCUGUGGCAGAAAGUCAGGAACCAAUCAGCAGUCUCGAUUCUGCCGGUGGAUUUGUCCACCGCCACCUCUGAGCUCAGCUCUGUUCUUGACCUGCUCUUUGGCUCACUGAUGAGCAGAGCACAAGCGAGACUUCCCUGCUGUAGGUCUGUUUUAUGUGAAUUGACCAUCUUAGUUCAAAGAAGAAAUGGCUUGGAUUUCCUGGGGCUGCUCAGUCAAGAGCCCUAUCUGUCACUCUGCCGCCACCCUGCAUGUUUUCUCCGACUGUCUCAGCUAUGUGUGAAGGAGUCCUUGACCUCUCAGCUGAUGGACCCAUAGAAAACCAUCUGGAGGGUUUUUCCUUUGUAGUUCAUUAGAAGUGAGUCCCACUGCUGUGGAGCAGCCUUAAGGCUUCUGUGCACAGAAACUUGGGAAUUUAUUAUGCUUAGCUAGGGAGAGAUCCACUGCUCCCCAGGCCCUCCUGUGUGCCUGUCUCCCUUAGGAAUACUUGGUGUGCAUCCAGAGUCAUACCAGUGCUAUCAGUACCUUUGCCUGCUUCCUUUUCCCACGAAGCAGCAAUCAUCAGUUUUUGACAAGCUUGCAUUUUAGUGUGGAUUUAUAAAUAGUUUAUCCAAAUACCAGCUUCAAAAGCAAACCUUUGUAUCAGUCCACUUUCCAAGGGUCAUUUAAUAAUGCAAAUAUGAGUUUCCCUAAACUCAAGAACUCGAUCAAACACAGGUGUGUUAUCACUGUGAGUUGGGGGUUUUGUGGAGUCACAGAGUCCACACCCUUCCCUUGGGUGCAGUGAAGAAAUACAGAAGCUACACUCGGGAAACUGGUCUGUGUUUUGCUGAGUUGCUUGAAUGACUGUGGCUCUAAAACCUUUAGUGAAGAGGAUGGAGGCACAAUUCACAGGCAAGUAAGGCCGUGUAGUACUAACCAAGUGAGCCCUCAGACUCCCGUGUACCCACGGUCUCUGCUUCCAUCUGAGGGGGAUUUCACAGUGCAGGCCAUAGACAGAGUAUCAGAGGUCAUUACCCUCCUUCAUUAGCUGUGCAGGGAGGCUUUGGUUACAUCAGCAAACCAGAGCUACUUGAUCAUCCAAGAAACCUGAACCAACUUCGUUGGCAAGACUUUACAGUGAUGUCAGUAAUCUUUUUAUUACAUACCAUGAAGAGAAAAGCAAAAAUAAUAAAAUCCAAUAAUCUUAACACAUUUUAAGGAAAGAUUAGACUGUUAAAAGGCAAAAAAUUUCGAGUGAUCUUUUCAACAAAUCUAAGAAGAUGGUAGCCGACAGUUAUUGAAAAUUCCAUAUCCAGGGUCUAAAUACUUUGAAUGUGAGGCCUGACAUAGAGUUGGGUCUUACUGAUGCAUUUCAUUUUGAAAAAGGAAGUUUAGUGGGAUUUUCGUCUUUGAUUUAGUCAGGAUUUGAUUUGUGUUGAGUCAAUAUCCCAGGAAAGAUUUGCCCAGAAUCUAAUCUCCCACUGUGAAAACUAAAGCAGAGCAUUUGCCCACAUCUCAGCUGUCAGAGCCCCUGGCCCCGGGGAGCUGUCUGGUUCGGCUGGAGCUGCAGUCACUGUUAGACUUGCUAUCCGACCUCAUCUGAAGCUGAGGCUGUCCACUCACACUAGUGACAGCUGCAUGAGGGUGUGGCCAUUCGGCCUUAGAUAAAGCUCUUCCUGGGCAGGAAAAUGGGCAGGGGCUAAGGUAGUUCCCACCCCAUCUGAUUCUGGAAGCUUUGGUCUUCACCAGCAGAUGUCGUCCGUCAUUGGGCACAUCUGGUACAGAUGAUAGCAUAGCUUCUCGUUGUGUCUCAAGAUGGCUUCCUUGCACUUUCGAGCUGGAAUCUUACGUCACUACCGGAGGGUGUUUUCGUCAUUUCAGCAGCAAACAUCAAGAGACCGGCUUCUCCUUCUGUAUUUAUUGGCAGAAGACACAAUGUGCAAAAUUUCUUUUCUACUGGGCGUUUCCAGAUCUUUGUUCUAAUAAACUUGGUUCUGCUUUCACUCUGUCUUAUAAUCUACUGUCCACAGCAAUUUUCUUCCUUUGACCAUCCCGAAGGAAACUCGGGAUUGUAGAACUAGGUUGUAGACUUCUGAACUACAGCCCUGAAGAGGCGCAGAUUGUGCUGGUGGUGAGCAGUACCCGGGGAGCUCACUGUGGGCAAUGCACUGUCCUCAUGGCGCCAACUCUCAGAGCCGUUCUCCCCAGCCUCCUGCAAGUCCAAGGGCUGACACUGGACUUGUCAUAGGAUGACAUCGGCAGCACUGCCUGCUUCUGUUUGCGGAGGCGGUGGCUCCACUCUUGAACUGCAUGUCUUGGGGGAACUUAGGGUGUUCCCACAAGUGUAUAUAGAGCCCUGUUACACGUAGGGUGUUCCUACAAGUGUAUGUAGUACCCUCUUAUAUAUAGGGUGUUCCCACAAGUGUAUAUAGAGCCCUGUUACACGUAGGGUGUUCCCACAAGUGUAUAUAGAACCCUGUUACAUGUAGGGUGUUCCUACAAGUGUAUGUAGAACCCUGUUACAUGUAGGGUGUUCCCACAAGUGUAUGUAGAACCCUGUUAUACAUAGGGUGUUCCCACAAGUGUAUGUAGAACCCUGUUACAUGUAGGGUGUUCCCACAAGUGUAUAUAGAACCCUGUUACAUGUAGGGUGUUCCCACAAGUGUAUAUAGAACCCUGUUUCUUAGUCCUUACAGAUUGGUCAGGCAUAUGCUAAAAAUAAUUGUACAUAUACAACUUAGUUUAGAAUAUGUAUUUCUUCAGUAGCUCAGCAUUAGGAUUGUACUGUGCAUAUUUGAAUGUGACUAUCAAAGCACACUGUUAUUCAUGUCUUACACAAUAAAGUUGCACUGUAUGUCAAACAUGUUUAUAAUGAAUGCUUUGCUGAAACUUGAGAAUGCUGUCUGGAACAGUUUUUUAUUGUACGUCUGUCUGUGCAUGUGAGUAGGCACACACGUCUACGCUUAGGGAAACCUCUGAGCUUUUGUAAGUCUGUACAUUUCACUACUGCCUGUAGUGUUCUCUUCAUGAGCUGAUUUAUGUCAUGUAGCUGGAGCCAGCCCCCUGAGUCAAUUUGUCACCUGAUAUAUCACAUGGAGAAACAGCCUAUUGAGUAUGGUACUAGUCGGUAUAUAGUAUUUUUGUGUCGUGUUCUCCCUCUGCCUCAGAGGACGUUACAAAGAUGCUGGUGUUAAAGUUCUAGACAAUAGUAAUAAAAUUCAAAUAUAUUCAAA